AUGGCUGAGUCAUCUUAUGCUCCUUGUGAGUCAGAAGAUACACAAGAUGUACUAACAGAGGAAAGGCAGUUUGUUCACUAAAAUCGGUAAACAUCUCUCCCUGUCUGAAGGAACCAUGCAAUCUCCACAGAGAUACCACUGUUAACGGCACCAUCACGUUCAACUUCAACAAAAAAAAUCUUUGACGGAGAACUGAGAGUGUAUGCAAUAGUGCACUCUUACAAGGUUCGCCUUAUUUUACCUCAGUCAAAUCCUUAUACCACGCUGUCCCAGGGCCAAAAGUGUCCACUUCAGCCAAGAAUCCAGUACAAGGUCGAAAUUUCCGUUCCGGUUAGGGAUGCUCUUCCUUCGAUUCUGUUUGGCACUUGA